AUGGCUACAAAUGGAGUCAACGGUACCGUCGAGACCGUAGAUGAUGUUAUUAAGGGAGCGUCAAAAUACAAUGCGGUACCACUUUGGCCUCAGAUGGUGAAGUAUAAUCCCCCGAAGCCGAAUCCGAAAUGCAUCCCGUAUAUCUGGCGAUACGAUGACGUCCGCCCGUAUCUACUGAAGGCUGGCGAGCUUGUCAAAGAGAAAGAUGCAGAACGGAGAGUUCUGAUGUUGAUCAAUCCUAAACGAGAGGGCCCAUAUACGACGGACACGCUCUACGCAGGCCUUCAACUAGUGAUGCCAAAUGAAACUGCACCAGCGCAUCGCCACACUGCCUUUGCAUUGCGCUUUGUCAUCGAAGGAAAUGGAGGCUUUACCGCUGUCCAUGGGCAGCGCAUUCAAAUGAACCGCGGGGAUGUAAUUCUCACGCCCACAUGGAACUGGCACGACCAUGGAAAGGAUGGCUCAGGGCCGAUGAUUUGGCUGGAUGGAUUGGACUUACCCCAAUUCCAGCAUUUUCCUGUCCAUUUUGUGGAGCACUUCCAGGAGAAAAGAUACCCUGCUGAAAAUGUGGAUUCGGGGAAUAGCCCAAUCGUAUUCCCUUGGGCACACAUGAAGGAAAAGCUGGAUAGUGACCUGGGAGUGUGGGCGAAGCAGGAGUAUAGGAAAGCUGAUGGAAGCUAUGUGAGCAAGACAUUGGGUCCAUCGGCAGAGCGCAUUCAAGCUGGAAAGUCGUCAAGAUUGAGGCGCGAGACGACAUCCUGCGUAUAUCAUGUCAUUUCGGGAGAUGGUCAUUCAAUAAUAGAUGGCCAGACGCUGCGAUGGAAGCAAGGGGAUACCUUCUGCAUUCCAUCGUGGUACCCGUAUCAGCUGUUCGCUGGUGAGCACGGGACCUUGUACCUGUAUCGGUUUGACGAUAAGCCGAUGAUUGAAGCGCUCGGUUUCUAUCGAAACGAAGGUGCUGAAGACGGCAGCCAGUGA